AUGUCCUCCUCGCUUCCCGGGGACCGGGACCUUCCCUCCUCCCAAUAUGACCUGAGCACCUACUGGGGCCGUGUCCGCCAUGCCGCCGACAUCUCUGAUCCAAGGAUGCUACUCGUCUCUUCAGCCGGUCUGGAGCAGGCGAAGCGCCUCAUUUCCUCAUACAAGCAGAGUGAGGUCUCGUCAAUGAACGCAGAGUUAUGGCGGGCAAAGAAGGUCGUGGAUUCGACACUGCAUCCUGACACCGGCGAGCCUGUUUUCCUUCCCUUCCGCAUGUCGUGCUAUGUCCUUUCCAACCUGGUCGUGACGGCGGGUAUGCUCACGCCAGGACUUCAGACCACUGGUACCCUUCUAUGGCAAAUCGCCAACCAGUCGCUUAACGUCGCCGUCAACAACGCCAACUCCAACAAAUCCACCCCCCUCUCCAUGUCGCAGAUCGGCAAGUCAUACCUCAUGGCCGUCUCCGCCUCGUGCUCCGUCGCCCUCGGCCUCAAAGCCCUCGUUCCCCGCCUCAAGAGCGUCUCCCCCAACACAAAGCUCAUUCUCGGCCGACUCGUCCCCUUCGCGGCCGUCUCCAGCGCCAGCGCACUGAACGUCUUCCUCAUGCGCGGCGAAGAAAUCCGCCAGGGUAUCGACGUGUACCCGGUCCCCGAGAAAGAGGGCGAGCAAGUCCAGAGUCUCGGAAAGAGCAAGACGGCAGCUAAGCUCGCUGUCGGCGAGACGGCAAUCAGCCGAGUGCUAAACGCGACUCCGAUCAUGGUUAUCCCGCCGCUGGUGCUGGUGCAGCUGGAGAAGAGGAAGCUACUGUCGCCUCGCAUGGUCAUGCCGGCGAACCUGGGGCUGGUCCUUGCGACGUCGAUUUUUGCGCUGCCGUUGGCGCUGGCCGCGUUCCCGCAGCGACAGGCUAUCAGUGCGGCGUCGCUGGAGGAGGAGUUCUGGAACCGCGGAGGCAAGGACGGGAAGGUCGAGUUCAAUCGGGGAAUGUAA